AUGAAUUUAAGCAGUCUCACAGUUGUUUUUCUGUCCUAUGUUUUUUUGUUCGUUGUUUUUUUUUUGCUAACAGGACGGAUUCUGAGGAUGAUCAAGAGGCGUGCACGUGACAACCAGCUUCAGAAAAACAAGCAACUUCUCCUGAAGCUCACAGUCAGUCUUCAUCAGCCUCUCCACCACGUGAAGGAGGGUUGGAUUGUCCAGCCCCUGGACCAUUUCAACCAACAAAAUAGCAACACCUUCCCUCAGAGGUUCUUUGUGAAUGAGGCAUACUGGCAGCAUCAUGAUGGCCCGGUGUUUCUCUACAUUGGGGGAGAAGGGCCCCUCGUUGAGUAUGAUGUUCUGACAGGUCACCAUAGUGACAUGGCUGAAGAGCACGGUGCUCUACUUCUGGCUCUGGAGCAUCGUUUCUAUGGUGACAGCAUUAACCCUGAUGGCCUCAAAACAGAGAACCUGGCAGACCUAAGCAGCCAGCAGGCACUUGCUGACCUGGCUGUAUUCCACCAGUACAUCAGCCAAAGCUUCAAUCUGACGCACAGAAACACAUGGAUCAGCUUUGGAGGCUCAUACUCUGGAGCUCUAUCAGCCUGGUUCAGAGGAAAGUUUCCCAAUCUGGUGUAUGGAGCUGUGGCCUCCUCCGCUCCAGUCAAGGCAAAGCUGGACUUUUCUGAGUAUAACAACGUUGUUGGCUUGAGCCUGUUGAAUGAGGCAGUUGGUGGCUCAGAGAAGUGUCUGUCUAAAGUGCGUGAAGCGUUUGCUGCAGUGAAAGAAGCACUGAUGAGUGGAAAUAUCAACCAGGUAGCCUCAGACUUUGGAUGCUGUCAAAUCCCCAAGGAUCCUUAUGAUCAGAUUGAGCUGAUGCAAAGCUUGGCCGACAUUUUCAUGGGAGCAGUGCAGUACAAUGAAGAGGGGGUGCUCAUGUCGAUAAAUGAGCUCUGUGGCAUAAUGACCAACAGCAGCCAGGAAUAUCAGGGUGAGAUGGAAGCCUACAACCGCCUUGUUAAACUCUCACAGAUUUACCGAUUCACCAGUAAGGAGCCGUGCUUGGACAUCUCCUAUGAGAAAUCAAUGAAGGAUCUGAUGGACACGUCAGUCCAUGCCGGCAGAAGAGGAGAGAGACAGUGGACCUACCAGACAUGCACUGAAUUCGGCUUCUACCAGACUUGUGAGGCUGCCAGUUGUCCUUUCUCUGGGAUGUUGACCCUGCAGGAUCAGACUAAGCUCUGUACCACGCUGUUUGGUAUUUCCCAGCAUUCCCUGCCUACUCGCAUCGCCUUCACAAACACUUACUACGGAGGAGACAACCCCCACACACACAGUGUCCUUUAUGUUAAUGGAGGAAUCGACCCGUGGAAGACGCUGUCGGUGGUGCAGGACGGGACUGAGGAAGGAGAGGAGGCCCAGACAGUUUUCAUUAAGGACACUGCUCACUGCGCUGACAUGUCGAGUAGAAGAGUCACAGACCGCAGCUCGCUCACGAAAGCCAGACAGGAGAUUGAAAAACACGUGGCUAACUGGCUAAAGACAGCUGCCCAGGAGAAGCUGGAGAAAGGAAUGUCCUGA